CGAGAAGAGGAUAUGGCAAGCAGCCAUCCAAUAUCAUGGAGGACCAGUAUAAGUUGGCCGUUAUCAAGGAGAACCCUAUCGGCCGUCGCUUGGAUGAGUUUCGCAAUUCUUUCUCUCUGGCGUGCUCCGAGAAGGGCAUUUCCGAUAACUUAAAUUUGGUUGACAAGUUGGAUCGAGAUGUUCUUCAAGAUCUGACUCUCGACCUUCUUGGCACGCUGCUAGGCUUGCGUGCAUCCCGCCAUCUUCCCUCUAACAGGAGCAAAAGCCUAUACGAGGACAUUUUGAGGCUUAAUAUCGCAGUAAACUCGGACGAUUUCGACCUCGCCCACAUUGAACCCCUCUUUAUUGCCGUCCUCGGACAGAAACCUGACAUUGAGAUCUGGGACAAAGUCUACGAUGUUGUCGUUCAAUGUACUCCGCCUCCACGAACGAGUGCCUCUUCUGGAAUCGAUGCACCCCUAGACUUUACGUCUGACGUAGUUAAUAACCCCGAGUAUCGUAAAUUCAUGGAUCACGUGCUUCAAGAAGAACUUGGACCUAUUUGGGUUGAUUUAGAUAUAUACGGGACUUUCUUUGGGGCGGUCGUUGGCCUCGACGAAGCGGCUAAAGAAGUUUUUAAGGAAUGUUCCGAAGGUAACGAGCCGCUCUUCCACCAGGGGUGGGGGGACUGGCCCGGUGUCGUAACCGAAGAAAACGUCCUGGCCUGGCUGCAGAGAACUACUACGCAUUUAGUCCAAGUUGCGCAACGCCACGUACCGAUGAUGGCUAUUCGACAGCAGCUUAUCGGACUACAGUACAACCCAUCGACAGGCUCUGUUGCGGACCGUAAGAUGAAUGCGGGAUUCAUUAGCGGCGCUGUGGCUACGACGGGUUGGGCGCGUGACUGGUCACAUAUCUUAGUGCCCGGCAAGCUUGAGACAAACGCCGGAGAGGACGGCGUAACGACGUGGCUCGACCUAGCGAGAUGCGUGCGGGAGAUCUUCAAAUCCCAGGACACGCGCCGCUUCGUUCUCGGAUUUACACUCUGCGGAUCGAUUAUGCGUGUAUGGAACUUUGAUCGGGCCGGAGUUAUCGGGUCGGCUAAAUUUGACAUUAAUCAGGAUGGAUUGCUAUUUGUGUCAGUCAUUCUGGCCUUUCUAUCCAUGAAUAGAGAAAGUCUUGGGUUUGACCCUACCAUCAUCUCCUCCGGGGUCAAGCGAUAUAUGGAGGUCGAUCAGGGAGGGCAAAAGAAGCGCCUUAUUCUGGACCACAUGAUGAGUCGAUCUUCUUCUCGCAUCGUCUCGCGAGGAACCACAUGCUGGAAAGCGCAUUUAGAAGGGGAAUCACAGGUAGUGGUAGUUAAGGAAUCCUGGCAGCCCAUGGAGCGCAACGAGGGCGAACUACUCCGACUGGCAACUGAAAAGGGGGUAGCUAACGUAGCACGACACUUCCAUAACUGGACUGUCCAAGUUGGCGGUCUUCCAGACAACGUGCAGGACAACGUCAGAAAAGGCCUGGACGUCCGGAAGGGUAAGAGGGUUAUUCGGCCGCCAAAUCCACCAUCGAAUACUCAGACUUGCCCAACCCCAGCCUUCCAGGUCUUCCCGAGCACUCAGACAAGGCUUGCCUGUGCGAAACGUUCCUCCGGCCAAACGGGCGGGUUUAACUUAUUGGGCAAACGCCGUCGUUCUGAGUCCCUAACAGGGCCGGGGGGCAUGGUCACUAUGAACCGAGUGCACCAGCGGAUCAUCAUGCAGGACUACGGGAAGCCUAUUUAUCUUGCCGAGUCGCUCACCGUAUUGCUUGAAAGCAUGGCGCAAUGUGUAGGGGGCCAUAAGGCCCUAUACGAAGCAGGCAUCUUACACCGCGAUAUAUCACUCAACAAUAUUAUGAUCAAUAACGACCGCAGCGAUCCUUCCCGGCUGGGAUUUCUUAUCGACCUUGAUCUUGCUACCAAGGUCUUGCGAGACGAAAUCUCGGGAAUGGCAAGUAGGACGGGCACACGAGCAUUCAUGUCCAUCCGAGUCCUUUGGGGAGAGCCUCAUUCAUUCAUGGACGAUCUUGAAUCGUUCUUCUGGGUUCUCUACUGGAUUUGCGUCCAUCACGCGAAUGCGGGGUCAUUCAGGACCGUUCAUAAAUUCGAGAAGUGGAACCGCGAACCGGACCCUGCGGAGGUGGCUUCGAUGAAAAUCGGUCUCAUCGCGAUGGACCAGAACUUUGAUCGAAUAACGGGUGAGUGCUGUACCGAAUACUACGAGCCGUUGAUUCCUUGCCUGUGCAAACUGCGCAGGAUAAUAUUCCCGGGUGGUAAUGUGUGGAUCCAGGAAAAUCUAGGGGUGUAUAAAGCGGUGCAGGACGUCUUGCGCGAGGCUCAGAAAGGCCUUGCCGCGUCAUCAUGAGCGGGAAACUCUGCGCUGAGCUAUAAAAAGUUCGCGAGUGCCCCUACGGACGAGGACGGUAACGAGUCCAGCCGUGUUUCGCCUGGGCAAGAGAAACAACAGAGGCGAUCGCGGGGUGGAAACCGAGAGGCUUUUAUUGUUGGCCCCCGGAACGAAUGACGAGCUAUGAAAGUGGAUAACAGCGGGCAAUAUACAUUGCAUUGUAAUAGGCUGGUAAACUAGUCAACUAAUACCUCUGGAGUCUAUGCAACACCGUUAG